GCGGCUAGUUGCACGGAAAACAAAACAAGCGUGACAUAGGUUUCGCGCCGGGUUGCUCGUCGCGAUCUUUUGAUUUGAGCAAUAUGUUUGUCCCUCUAAAAGCUUAUAAAGAUCACAGAUGGAACGAGUACACUUUGAUUUUUCCUGUGGUGUCUGUUGGCAAUGCGGCACAGUUAGCGGUAGAUCUUCUGCUCUCCAGUCUUCCAAAUGAACUGGUGGGUUACAUCCAUUCCACAGCUCUCCUUCCUCUUGUCGGAGGGAAUCCCUACAGAGUCGGUGAUAACCGACUCGCGACUGCCUGCCAAGUGUAUGUCUGCCACCAGAGCAAACUCCUCAUCGUGCAGCAAAGAACUCCUGUCUCCCCCAACUGCAGAGCGGAAUAUCGUCAGUUUCUUACCAGCUGGAUCAAGAGUGAGAACUUCAAGCUGGUUAUAAUGCUCUCCAGCUGUUUGUCUCAGUUCAGCUCUCCGUCAGAGCUUUCAAGGUAUUCGGUGCACUAUUACUGUUCACCAUCAGUCACAGACAUGGUACAGGACAAGUUGUCAUCCUUAUGCUGGAAGAAGCUGGAGAAACAAGAUCCAGUGACCAACGAAAUCAGUUCCGAUGGAGUCCUCCUCAUGCCAGGCUCUGGAAUCACGAGGUCACUUCUGGAGAAAUGCGUGUCAGAUGCCAUCCCUGUGGUACUUCUGCUCCUGUAUUGCUCGGAAGGAGACAACACCCCCGAUGCCAUUCUAUUGGCUGACAGGCUGAACGAGUGGCUCCACCUGUGUCCUGUGGAAAGUUCCGGAGGAGGCCAGACUGGGGUGUGGCAGACGCCUGUGUCCUGGAGCAUGCUUUUUGGGAGUGGUCCUCCUACUACUAUCUACUGAGAGGAGGAUACCUCGAAAGCAUGUGACUUUUUCUCCCUUUCACCUCAUGCUUUGGCUGUACAGUUUAUUUGUGAACAAUGAGGGUGUUUUGUGCUCACA